AUGAGGGAGUGCAUCUCGAUCCACAUUGGGCAAGCGGGGGUCCAAGUUGGUAAUGCUUGCUGGGAGCUCUACUGCCUGGAGCAUGGAAUCCAGCCCGAUGGCCAAAUGCCGACUGACAAGACAAUUGGCGGAGGCGACGACGCCUUCAACACUUUCUUCAGCGAGACAGGUGCGGGAAAGCACGUACCGCGCUCGGUGUUUCUCGACUUGGAACCCACGGUGAUAGACGAAGUGAGGACUGGUACAUACCGGCAGCUCUUCCACCCCGAACAACUUAUCAGUGGGAAGGAAGAUGCCGCCAACAAUUUCGCCAGAGGCCAUUACACAAUUGGGAAGGAGAUCGUCGACCUGUGCCUGGAUCGAAUCAGGAAGCUUGCAGACAACUGCACUGGCCUCCAAGGCUUUCUUAUCUUCAACGCCGUGGGAGGAGGCACCGGCUCCGGCCUGGGGUCGUUGCUGCUGGAGCGCCUCUCGGUUGACUACGGCAAGAAAUCGAAGCUUGGCUUUACGGUCUAUCCGUCGCCUCAAGUUUCCACGGCUGUUGUGGAGCCCUACAACAGCGUGCUCUCCACCCACUCGCUGCUGGAGCACACCGACGUCGCAGUGCUGCUGGACAACGAAGCCAUCUACGACAUAUGCCGCCGCUCACUGGACAUUGAGAGGCCCACCUACACCAACCUCAACAGGCUCGUGUCACAGGUGAUCUCGUCCCUGACGGCGUCACUCCGCUUCGACGGUGCACUCAACGUCGACAUUACUGAGUUCCAGACCAACUUGGUGCCUUAUCCUCGGAUUCACUUCAUGCUCUCCUCGUACGCUCCAGUCAUAUCCGCAGAAAAGGCAUACCACGAGCAGCUAUCAGUUUCCGAGAUAACGAGUACGGCGUUCGAGCCCGCGUCUAUGAUGGCCAAGUGCGACCCCCGUCACGGCAAGUACAUGGCCUGCUGCCUCAUGUACCGAGGUGACGUGGUCCCCAAGGACGUGAACUCUGCGGUGGGAACCAUCAAGACUAAGAGAACCAUCCAGUUCGUUGAUUGGUGUCCCACAGGCUUCAAGUGUGGCAUCAACUACCAGCCACCAACAGUUGUUCCCGGGGGUGAUCUCGCCAAGGUCCAAAGAGCCGUCUGCAUGAUUUCUAACUCGACCAGCGUCGCAGAAGUCUUCUCCAGAAUUGAUCACAAGUUUGAUCUCAUGUAUGCCAAGCGCGCCUUUGUGCACUGGUACGUCGGGGAAGGCAUGGAAGAGGGAGAAUUCUCUGAAGCCCGGGAGGACCUUGCGGCACUCGAGAAGGACUACGAAGAAGUUGGUGCAGAGUCCACUGAAGGGGAAGGCGAGGAGGAAGGAGAGGAGUAUUGA